AUGGCUAAUAGCCGGACACUUCAUUUGACUUCAAUGUGGUCACUGGAAGACCAAGGAAUCCCAGAAAUCCGAGACAAACUCAAAGCAUUGAAUCCCGGUGCUUCGAUCAAGGUCGAAUAUCAACGUGAUAAACACAUCUUGGUUGUUACGGGUCAAUUCGAUGAGGAAUUUGAUGUCGAAAUCACAUCGCUGCUUGCGGAUUACAUUGAAGAGCAUCGCAAUGAUGAUCUGCUCGAGACGACGAGAAUUCGUCAACUUCCAAUCUCUACCUUCUCCGACCCCAAUCCCUUUCCUAGCCACGGAAGCGAUGCGCUCCCAGAGACGGAAACCCUAGUAGAGGACAUUGCCCCGGUACAACCCACUAGCGAUGGACUCAUUGUCAAAUUCUGGUAUCCCUCGCAGAUGGGAACGGGCCCCAUCUCUCAUGACUCGGACGCUCUUCUACUUCGCAUUUCCAAAAUGACAAAAACACAAAUCACAGUGGAGGGAGCCCGAGGGCUCCGUAUCUCUGCACAAUACAUGAACAACAUUGAUGAGGCAAUGGAUAUACUCGACUGCCUCGAAGAAUGUUUGGAUCUCAUUGAGAACGCAAACCGAGGACUGAUCGUCUUUACUCCACAACGGGAGGACGCUACCUUUCGCAUCAUGACAUAUGCACAGAUCAGCGCCACUGCCUUGUGGCGUAUUUUAAUCGACCGAAAUGCCUCUCUUCGUCUCCCAAAGAUAAUGACUCUGGUCGUCUGCGAAUUCGACGAGUCAGCUAACCAAUAUUGUCCACUUCGCAAACUUCGUCAGCCACCGCAAGUGGCCCGGAAAGCGAGCAUUACUAGAGACUGGGAAGAUUAUCAUUUUCCAGAGAUCGGUCCGAGAAACGAUCCCCUUCUGGGGGAUAUUGAUCAGCAUAUCGCGCCUAAAGGUGAGACCUCUUACGAGAGGAAUGACACUAAGCACCCGUAUCUCUCGACUGGUAAGGUAAAAGAUGUCGACAAAUGGAUCUCUCGGGGUGUCGCCAAACGGCCUAUGGCAAGCAACAUCCAUACAAGAGCAUCACUGGAAGAUGAUACCACCUCCCCUACGCUUGAUAAAUCCAAGCUCCAACCUGCGCCCAGCGUUUCCGCCCCACGGGAGAAGAGACAGUCCGUUUCAUUCAAGCCCAAUCCCGCUGGCGUCAAAGGACGCGUGAUUAUGCUACAAGAUGGGACUGUACCCAUUAACCAGUCUCAACAAGAAAAGCCAGACACUCCUCAUAGCCCAAAUAUCUCUCUGUUUGGCAGACUCAGCUACAGAGAGAGAAUGAGGGAGCAACAAGUAGCCGGUUCGUCUAUCUCAGUUCCUCAACAAAAAGGACUGGCGAGUAUGGUCCGUAGCGCAGCUGACUUUACUGCUUCAAAUGCAGCUUCCAAACAACCGGAAACAAUGUCUGAGGCAAUCGUCCCUGUGGCUUCUAUCUCUACUAGGGAAUCAGUUUCAAAUGCCACCCCUCGUCGCCCAGUCCUAUCCACUCAUCCGGGCACAGCACCCAAACAGCCGGGGGAAACGUCCCAUGAUUUGGCUAUCUCUCCCGCUAACCGAGAAGAGAAACUAACUAGCCCUCUGAGCCCACCAAUUCGUUCUCCAAGAGUCAAGAAGGGCCAGCUUUUCGGCACACUCGAGCCAGUGAAUUUACAGGUGAAUACAAAGGCUCAAGGGCGAAGUGUUGAUUCAGUGAUGGGAGAGAUAAAGCUAAUUCUUGAGAAGACCAAGAUCACGAGGGAAACUGGAAUAGACGAAGUGUCCAACAAGCCAACGAUAAGGGAUCAAAAGCAGCCAAGUGCCACAUCCACUCGGCUGGAUCGCAGCGAAAGAGAAAAGGAGAACACCAGCCCCCUCAUCGAUCUUGAUUGUGAAGUGAGCAGUCUCAACAGUGGCUUACAACACAUUGUUGCGUUCGAUCCGCUAGCCACAGUCCGAUCAAGUGGUCCGGAGCAAUCUACAUAUGCUCAGCAUGGUCAAUUACAGCAUACCAAGGCUCGCAAUUUUACUGAAACUGGUGAUAUUUUCGAUAUGCCCAAUAUCGAGGAUACAGCUAUGCAGCCUCAGCUAACUGAGAGUUUCUCUCUUUAUCCCGACCUAACUAAAGAUCCGAUGCUGCUCCGUGCAACGACUCCAGCCUCUGUUACUAGUGAGCCUGCCCAACUAGGGCUCGCUACAAGUGCGCCAUUGCCUGAUUCGGAAGUUUCUGGCUCCGAUCAUAAGAGCGCCGCAUCGGAAGACGAAAAGGAACAUGAACAGGCCCCUGGAUUCCGCAGCAAGGCCGAUGAGGUAGCACUGGAAUAUUUGCUCCAGCAAAUCAAGGAAAAUUCUACUCCAAGAAUUCCCAGCAUUGAGGAGAUUGCGAUACCUCUUGAUGCUAGCCUUUGUGAUCCUGCACCUCGAGCUCUGUCUUUUAGCUCUGGUGGCAGUGCUCCGCACGGUGGUAUCCAGCAACGUCAACACGUUGGUCAGUGGGUUGAGAAUGUGCCAUCUCUUCGCCCGGACCUCAUUGAUAUCUCACCUCAGAUGCUUUAUCCUCGCUUGCCUAAUCUUUUGCAAUCGAACUCUGAAGAUGGUGAGCAAUAUACGGAAGCAAAAGUUAUUGAAAAGCUGGCUGUCUCGGACGAAACUGAGACAAGAGAAUUCCAGAGGUCAAUGUAUCAUCAGCGGCCUUGCGACAAAUCCUUUCAAUGGGUGGAUGAAGUGACUAAGGCAGUGGGAAGGGCAAAGAUUGAAGUCCACACUGCUAAUUCCGGGGAGGGAAAGGAAAACAGCGCAACCAAUGCAGAGAACGGAGAGAACGUUCAAGCCCCCAUUGCUAAUAACUGGCAGCGAAGAACAGGAUCAAAAGCAAAAGAAGCACAGCCACAAAAAAGCACUGCUUUGUCCAUGAAGAUGGCUGCGAAAUUAAGAGAAAAGAAGCAGAUGCAUGAAUCAACAGAGAAUUUGUUUCGUUUCCUUCAACCAAUCCUUGAUGCGGUUCGCAGCUUCCCUGGAGCAAUGAGCCUUGAAAUCCAGUUCGGGCUUAUGUUCAUGCCCAGCCUGCCGGCUUCAACCAAAGAGAGGGAGAUGAGCUACAGGGAGGUUCACCAGCUGUUCUUCUCUAAGAAUAACUUGACGCCGCCUCCAAUCUCAUUCUUCGAGCGCUUGACUACAUCUCCUGCCGAUAUUGACUACCUCAUCGAUUUGGAGGUCAACCAAUCUCGUCUGUUCGACCGAAAGUACAGCCACCGAGGCGUAAAGUACGAAUUCUGGUGCCGCGUUGGUCCGAACAGAACCAUUGUUAUUUCAGUCAAUGAAUAUGGACACGCUAUGAUCCGCUAUCCUGAGGUCUCCCUAGGCACUGUGCACUUGAGUUGCCCUUCACAAGUCUGGGAUGCAGCUGCUAGGGUACAUGGCUACGUCGAAUACAUUACGGGGGCUGACCCGGAGCUUGACGAAGCUGCACGAAUGAUGGCGAGAAGCAUCCGAGUAGAGCCAAACAAUAAACAUCUCCGUAUGUUGGUCCGUGUUCCUCCGGCGUCAAAAAUCAGAAUUGAGAAGGUGUUCAUGGAACGAUGGAGCCGUCACCCUUAUCGCUCGGAAAAGAGCAAAGACUUGUUUCUCCAAAUAAGCGAAAGCCAAGAACUCCUCGCCACCCCAUCCAUCUUGGAUCCUGGUAUCAUGGUUUUGCAGAACGCCUCGCUUGAGAAGAUGGUCAAGGAUGGAAAGCAGUGGUGGCAGGCCUCGAUUGUCAGCAGCAAAGUGGAGGACAUCAUGAAAUCAAAUUCCUUCCUUGAACCCGGUGAUCGCAACGAGUCAUGGUGUGCGACAGAUCUUCUCGGUGCAGAUGUCAGGAGGGUCCUUCCCUCUAAUGCAAACCAGAAGCUGAGCACCCUCGGAGGCGAAGUCGGCCAUUCAGGAAUUGGAGCAAUGUUGCAACUUGCCAAAACCGUGGUGCAGAAAAUCGAUGCUGUCGGGUAUUGGAACAGAGGUCCUGCGAGUCUUGACAAGCGCGCUAACACGUCGAUCGGUCGCAGCCAGGGUGGUACAGGUAUGGUCAAGGCGCCAUCCACCUUGGGCAAACAAAUGGUUCCCUGGAAUCAGCCAACUGAAUUGAAGGGAAAGCACAAGUGGUGA